AUGCCUGGCGUGGGACGUAACCGUUUCGGGCACAUUAGCGGAACGAAAAAGUCAGUGGAACAUUUAACAAAGUCAACUAGCGCAGGAUCAUUGAACGACUCACUGCAACAAUUAGCAGCUGUUGUCGUACCAAAACUUGCCGAACAAAUUUGUGGACGUUGUGAGCGAAGCCUGUCACACGAUGAAGCUGUUCUAAGAAAUAUUUGCUGGUACCACAAGCGGUUUGCUGAAAAUUCUAAAAAAUGCGUGCCACCGUGCAGUUAUUAUUCUGAGGCUGUGGCAACAACUAGCCGCAAAAAGUCCAAUCGCCAUCUCAAUCAUGCUUCAGCAAGCAAAGAGAGAUCAAAGACCAGCAAACAAAAAAAGUCAGUGGAACAUUUAACAAAGUCAACUAGCGCAGGAUCAUUGAACGACUCACUGCAACAAUUAGCAGCUGUUGUCGUACCAAAACUUGCCGAACAAAUUUGUGGACGUUGUGAGCGAAGCCUGUCACACGAUGAAGCUGUUCUAAGAAAUAUUUGCUGGUACCACAAGCGGUUUGCUGAAAAUUCUAAAAAAUGCGUGCCACCGUGCAGUUAUUAUUCUGAGGCUGUGGCAACAACUAGUCGCAAAAAGUCCAAUCGCCAUCUCAAUCAUGCUUCAGCAAGCAAAGAGAGAUCAAAGACCAGCAAACAACUGGAGCACGAUUUACGUUUUGUGUUAGAUUUUAUCACCUGCCGAUUUUUGGUCGUGUUUAAUUUAUACCAAUAG